AUGCCGCGCUGCGUCAUCAUCAAUCGACAAACAGAGUGAUUCAACUUCAGCGUGCGCUUGCAUUCAGGAGAAAGAUAUACCGAUUUAUCUUCUGUAAAUAUAUUUUACGUAUUUUAAAGAACAGGAGGCGGAGUAACUUUUUGAUCAUGAGCUUUCGAUAUUGUUUAUUUUUACUGAGACCAAGAAUACAGCGAUCAUGUGCAGAGCGACGUCUGUCUUUGCUUAACACAUCAUGUAAAGAUGGAGGUAAACACAUGCAGGAAAAGAAAAUGACUCCAAAUACCUUAUUUUCCCCGGAUCAGUUUGUACUACAGUCUGCUGUCUCACAGAACGGAGGCAGGUUUGGUUUUUACAGGACCUUCGCAACUUCUGUGUGUAGGACUGAAGCCAUUGGACAGGUGCAGUCAACCCACUAUCAUCUGGUUUACACCUGCAAGGUGUGCUCCACUCGCUCUAUGAAGAAAAUAUCUAAGCUGGCCUAUCACAAGGGAGUUGUCAUAGUAACGUGUCCAGGAUGUAACAACCAUCACGUCAUUGCUGAUAAUCUGAACUGGUUCUCUGACCUGGAGGGAAAAAGGAACAUAGAGGAAAUCCUGGCAGCUAAAGGCGAAUCAGUGAAAAGAGUUCUGGGGAACGAAGCCCUAGAAAUUGUUGCUGAGGAAUCAAUAAAAGAAGCCACAAGCAACAGUUCAGAUGAAGAGAAACCACAACAUCUGAGUGAUGGAUCUGACAAAACAUGACCAGUCUGAAACCACUGGACAAUUAUAUAAACUUUUUAAAGCUACCAGUUUAGCGUAUUCAAGCGUGGUAUAAGCUGAUCAUUGUAUUAUAUGGUUAUAUAUUUCAUAAUAAAACUAUAAACUAAAGCUUAACAUUUUAGAGGUUACUUUAUUAAGGGUUUGGCUCCACCUUGUGGUCACUGCAACGUCUAAUCCAUCAUGUCUGUUAUUUAAAGCUGCGAUUCCCAAACUUUUUCAGCGUGCGGCCCCGCUUGUGUACGGUGCAUUCCUUCGCGGUCCCCCAAAGAAAAUUUGUGACAAAAACUGUUCUAAAACUCAACAUUUUAAUAAAAAAACAUUAUACAAAAAAGUAGUGCUUUUGCUUAGAAGCCUUAUUUUUUUAGAUUUAAUUACACAGAAUUCAUGAUAAAUUAAUGUAUUUCAUAAAAUGUCAGAAAACUGGGGCCCCCUUGGCACUAUCUCGUGGCCCCCCAGUUUGAAAACCACUUAUUUAAAGCACCUUACACUGUCAGCGACCUUCGACCCACUAAAUAUCCACACUACAAAUUAAUUAUAACAAAUAAAUACUAUUUUUCAA